GCCGCUGCGGGGUCACAUGACCGUGAGGCGGAAGUGCUGCUAGGCUAACCCGCUAGCGGACCGCACGGAGUAAAGGGCUGUGAUGUGAUGGCAGCUGCCAGUGUGAGCAGACCUGGUGGAGUCCAGGGAGCAGAGAAAUCCCAGCUGACCCUGAAAGUGGUGUCCGCCAGGCCGCAGUCUCCCAAACUUCCCGGCCGUCUGUCCCGCCUCAGCUCCUUCGUGGAGGUGACCGCCGACGGCCUGACCAGCGAGACGAAGAAAACAGGCAAACGCAGCGGACACCACGAGCUGCAGUGGAACGAGGACCUCACGCUGAACGUGACUCCUCAGAGUCGGCUGGACCUGAAGCUGUGGAGCUGUCACACGCUGAGGAAGGAGCUGCUGGGCAGCGCCACCAUCGACCUGCUGGACACUCUCCGAACACACGAUGGCAGAAUGGAGAACGUGGAGCUGGUUCUGGUUCUGCAGACGGAGAAUAAAGGCAGUGUUGUGUCGGGCGGAGAGCUGAAUGUGUGUCUGGAUGGUUUGGUUGUUGAUUUGGGAUCCCUGCCCAACGGAUCAGCAACAGACAAGAUGCUGCAAUCAGAUCGGCCAAAUCUCCGCAGGACUCAGAGCGACGAGACGCCCGGAACUGCCAGCCCCCACAGCAGGACUCAGAGACACUCUGCUGCUGGAUCUCGUGCGGAGUCUCCCAGCGGCUCGAGGGGAACGACUCUCACUAACGGAGAAAUAAACGGAGAAACCUCCUCACACCACCGCACGGGUAAAGGUGAGCUGCCGGUGGAGGUGCUGGAGAAUGGGCGUGGCAGUCUGGGGCCCACCCCCCCUCCCUCAUCUCCAUCACUCAGAUCUGCAGGAAACAGCGUUCCUAUUGGUCCAGACAGUAUAGCCCCACCCCCUGCAGAUGCAGCCCCACCCACCACUGAUGACCAGCCCACAGAGCCUGCCAUGGAAUCCUUACCUGCAGGCUGGGAACAGAGAGUUCUCCCUCAUGGGCGGGUUUAUUACGUUGAUCACAACACCAAAACUACAACCUGGGAACGACCCCUCCCACCUGGGUGGGAGAAGCGUGUGGAUCAGCGUGGCCGGUUCUACUAUGUCGACCACAACACCAGGACCACCACCUGGCAGCGGCCCACACCUGAAUCCGUCAGAAACUACGAGCAGUGGCAGAGCCAGCGGAGCCAGCUACAGGGAGCCAUGCACCAGUUCAACCAGCGAUACCUGUACCAGUCCUCUGGAGCUCCUGUUGAGAAUGAUCCUCUGGGUGCUCUUCCUCCAGGAUGGGAAAAGCGUCAGGACAAUGGGCGCGUUUACUUCGUCAACCACAACACGCGGACCACGCAGUGGGAGGACCCUCGAACCCAAGGGAUGAUCCAGGAGCCGCCGCUGCCCCCUGGCUGGGAGAUGAAGUACACCGCUGAGGGCGUGCGAUAUUUCGUAGAUCACAAUUCACGCACCACCACCUUCAAAGACCCACGGCCAGGCUUCGAAUCAGGCUCACGGCAGGGUGGGUCUCCAGGCGCGUAUGACCGCAGCUUCAGAUGGAAAUAUCAUCAGUUCCGUUUCUUGUGCCAUUCCAACGCUCUGCCCAGCCAUGUGAAGAUCUCAGUGUCGAGACAAACUCUGUUUGAGGACUCCUUUCAGCAGAUUAUGAACAUGAAGCCAUAUGACCUGCGCCGGAGGCUCUACAUCAUCAUGAGGGGGGAGGAGGGGCUGGACUACGGCGGCAUCGCCAGAGAGUGGUUCUUCCUGCUGUCUCAUGAGGUCCUGAACCCCAUGUACUGUCUGUUUGAAUACGCUGGCAAAAACAACUACUGCCUGCAGAUAAACCCUGCCUCCUCCAUCAACCCCGAUCACCUGACCUACUUCCGCUUCAUCGGCCGCUUCAUCGCCAUGGCGCUGUACCACGGGAAGUUUAUCGAUACCGGCUUCACUCUGCCCUUCUAUAAGCGCAUGCUCAAUAAGAAACCCACGCUGAAGGACCUGGAGUCCAUCGACCCCGAGUUCUACAACUCCAUCAUGUGGGUUAAGGAGAACGAUCUGGAGGAGUGCGGCGUGGAGCUGUAUUUUGCUCAGGACAUGGAGAUCUUAGGGAAAGUUUCCACUCACCAGCUGAAAGACGACGGGGAGAACGAGCUCGUCACCCGCGAAAACAAGGAGGAGUAUAUCAGUUUGCUGACAGAUUGGCGGUUCACGCGAGGUGUAGAGGAGCAGACCAAAGCCUUCCUGGACGGAUUUAAUGAGGUGGUUCCACUCGAAUGGCUUCGCUACUUCGAUGAGAAAGAGCUGGAGCUGAUGCUGUGUGGGAUGCAGGAGAUCGACCUCAGUGACUGGCAGAAAAACACCAUCUAUCGUCAUUACACCAAGAACAGCAAGCAGAUCCACUGGUUCUGGCAGGUCGUGAAGGAGAUGGACAAUGAGAAAAGGAUCCGGCUGCUGCAGUUCGUCACUGGAACCUGCAGACUGCCUGUGGGGGGCUUCGCUGAGCUCAUAGGGAGCAACGGGCCGCAGAAGUUCUGCAUCGACAAAGUGGGGAAGGAGACGUGGCUGCCAAGAAGCCACACCUGCUUCAACCGGCUGGACCUGCCGCCAUACCGGAACCUGGAGCAGCUGAGGGAGAAGCUUCUGUUCGCCAUCGAGGAGACCGAGGGCUUCGGGCAGGAGUGAGGGGCGAUUAGGGCAAAGCUGGGCCAGGUGGGGAGGGGGGCGGAGCCAGUUCGGCUCACCUGCUGGGACGGGUCGGGGGAGGGACCAGCGCAACCUUUAAGAUACACGUAGAAAUUUCCAUAAAGAAGUAGGACUCUUACAGAUAUUAGCACCAUACUGUUAUUUUGAUUAUUAAAGGCAGUAGGAAUGGAAUAUUAGACCUGUCGCCAGCAAAGCGCCUUUUCCUCGUCACCACGGCAACGCCGGAGGCUGCUUCCUGUUCUGUGAUCAUGUGACGGGCAGCGAGCCAGUAAUACACCAGACGCAAAUGAAAUGAGAAUAUAUUACUUUUUGUACCUUUAAGCAUCCUGAAGAGGGCGAUGGAGCGGCAGAAACAGCGCCCCCUGUUGUGGGAAGAGCAGAACCACAACCUGCAAAAAUAAAAGAUGAUUGUUAAAUUUUACCAAUAAACCAAUAAACCGCAACAGCAGCGCUAAAGCAAACGCAUCACGCCUGCAGUACCUGGGAGAGAAUCUUGUACGUGAGAAGCAGACUGAGUGUUAGUGCGCGAGGCUCUGAGUGAGAGAAUGUGUCCGCUUUAAAAAUGAUUUCAUUUCUUUGUUUUUAUUAUUUUUGUUAAUUGUGAAAUGGCGCCUUCUGCUGUACAGAGUGAAAGUAAAUAUGAAUUCUGUAGUUUGGGAGAGAAAAAAGGAUGUUGUAAAAAAAAAUCCAUGAUUAAAUUCAGUAUGUACACGCUGG